UCAAUGUCAUUAUGUCACUUUAGUUGUAGUUUUACAGCUCCAGUGCAUCAUAUUUCUGUUUUUUCUGAAUUAAUAACGAAAUCUCUAUAAAAUCUUCAAUAAAAACCUCUCACCAUGGAGUUGAUUUACUCCAUGAGGCGCAAACCAUUGAAAUGCGAGCCGCCCCACUUUGAGAGCUCGACAGACCCAGAAGUGACCAGACCAAUAUGCACCAUAUCCUGUGCGAACAUCAUCGCGUUUUCAUCCCCGACGGAGCUGACGGACUCGGACGGGGCCACGUGGGGCGGGCACGUGUACGUGUGCGACCUGGACACGCCGUGGGACAGCCACAAAGUCGCCAGCACCACACAUCCGGUGUCAGUGCUGGAGUGGGACAGCGAGGGCAAGGAGCUGCUGGUGGCCACCACCGUCGGAGACGUCUCGGUGUUUGUGCAGAAGGAGUACCUGCUCAAUGAGUGGACCUGCGUCAGCUCUGUCAGCUUUCCUGGCGAGAACAUAAUAAAGGCGGUGUUCUUCACGACGGGCCACCGCUACGUGCUGUCGGACAAAAAGCCCGACGCGCCCAUACAUGAGAAGAUACAGCUCGUGAGAACCACUCCCACGCUUAAGGGGUUUGGUGGCGUGGCCACCCCCGGCGUCUGCGUGGUGACGGCGAGCGGCGUGGUGGGCACCGUCAUCGACGGAGUCACCAGCACCGAGUCACUCAGGACACAGCGGGACAAGGUCACCGCCGCCGCCAUCGCCGCGCCGCACAACGGAAAACUCAUAAUAGCCUACAUAACGGGCUCAGUGGUCCGUGGAGUAUCAUGCAGCAUCACAGCGCGCGGCGCGUCGCUGCAGCCGCUGCCGGCGCUAUGUCUGCCGCCACAUGCUGCCCCAGUUUACCCUUUUUUCAACAUCCUGUAUAACUGGAUCUGUGGCGUAUCGUGCAGUAUAAUAGCUCGCGGCGCAUCGCUGCAGCCGCUGCCGGCGCUGUGUCUGCCGCCGCACGCCGCGCCAGCCACGCUGACAUGGUGCAUGCGCGACGACUCCGACUCGCUGGUGGUGGCGGGCGGCUCCAUCACCAUGUGGAAGCUCACGGAGAGAGCUUAUCCAGUUCACAAGCUGCUUAGCAAAGGUGAGAUCCGGCUCGAAGGACCAGUAUGGCACCAGACAGCGGCCUGGGCAUCCACAGGGCGCGUGGUAUGCAGCCGGGCGCGCCGCACCGCCGCCGCCGUGGCGCUGGCUACUCAGAACCAACUGACGAUACUGUGUCGCAUGCAGGUGAUAUCGACGCCGGUGGUGACCGGGACCAGCGAUCCGGCCGGCGCCUCGCCGCCCAAGAAACAGAAACACGGGAGUGGGUUGUCUAGUUCGGGAGCCUCAACAGCCGUAAUAUCCUGCGUGGACAUCUCCCGUCUCGGCGGCGUGGUGCUGGCGAUAGACUCGCGCGCGCAGCUUCACGUGUUCAAGCUGCUCCUGCACAGCGACUGUCACACCAACCCGCUCUCCCUACAACAGACCUCCAACCUUCUGGAGUAUUCCAUCGUGAGCGGCAUCGACUGUAUGGAUGUACUCAUUACGCUGAAGCCACCCGCACUCGAGGCGCUGUAUGACAGACUGACAGAGACCUUCCAGCGCCAGCCGCCAGCCUUCCAGCAGUACUACUACCAGAGCUGGCUCAAGCUGCGGUGCACCCUGUUGAGACUAAUCCCCUCCCAGCAAGCGUCCGCCUCCGCCCUAACCUCGUACCACGCGCUGCAGCUGGUGUGGGCGGGCGCGGCCGCCGCCCUGCGUCUGGACGAGCGCAGCGACGCCGCCGCCCGCGCCCUGGCCGAUGAUACUAAUGAUGAGAAGAGCCUGCUAGCACUAGAGAGCCUGCGCGAGGUCCCCGGCGGCGCCGAGCUGGGGGCGCUCCGCCGGCCGCUGCGCCGCGCCGCCGACACCGCCGCCGCCGCGCUCGCCGCCGCCGCCGCGCGCGAGAUGCACAAAUACUCCCUCCACUCGGACCCGACAGCCAUCAACCUGAUCCGCAAACUGCUGGUGCUGGGGCGCGCGUGCGGCGGCGCGGACUGUCUGCAGCGCCCUCUGGCGAGGCUGGCCAAUAGCAACACGCCCGCGCCCGACCUCAUCGAGGAGUGUGCGUCGCUGACGGCGCAGCUGUCCACGCCGCGCGUGUGGGACUCCCUGCCGCGCUGCUGCGUGUCCUCCCACGAGAGGACCGGCCCUCUCUACUUUGAAUACGGCGUGGAGCCGGAAGCGCUGCGGUGCACCCCCGAGCCGCCGGCCAGCAACUGCGACACCACGCCUACGCCCACCAUGGAUGCUAUGAGAUACAUGUACCUGGGAGGGCGGCCGGCGCGCUGGCGGCAGUGCGGGCGCUGCGGCGCGCGGGCGCUGGCGGCGGCGCUGCCCAACAAACAUCCGCUGCACAAGGCCUAUGACGGACGCUUCAUGGCUAGCUGCAGGUGCGGCGGGAAGUGGACUCUAUGCUCGAAUAUUUAAUUUGUAAGAUAAAUUAUAAAGCUAACAAUUGUAAUUUAUAAGAAAAACAUUGUGAAUAUAAUAAAAUUAUGAUUAUGAUUUCAA